AUGUCUGGACCUUUGCCUCCUGGAUGGGAAGAACGCCGUGCACCUGAUGGUCAACUUUACUUUAUUGACCACAAUACCAAGACCACUACAUGGGAUGAUCCCAGAAAUAGGGGCUAUGGUGGAUACCCUCCUCCUCCCCAACAACAAAACUAUUAUGGUGCUCCUCCUCCUCAGCAACAAAGUUACUAUGGUGCUCCUCAACAACAACAAAAUGGCUAUUACAGCCAACCUCCUCAACAAAACUAUUACAAUCAGCCUCCUCAACAACAAGGUUACUAUAACCAACCACCUCAAUCCAAUAAUUACCGUGGAUCUCCCAGUGGUGGUAAUGGUGGCUACAACAAUGGCUAUAACACUCCUCCUACCCAACAGCCUCACAAACAAGGUAUGUCAACUGGAAUGAAAGUAGCAGCUGGUGUUGCAGGUGUUGCAGCAGUUGGCUUAGCAGGUUUGGCUGUUGGAGAAUUCGUCGAACAUGAACACGAUGAAGAAAACCGAAUUGAAAGACUCGAACGUGAAGAAGAUUACAAUAGAUACGGUGGUGCAGGCGGUUAUGACUAUAAUGGCAAUAGUGGCAACACAACUAUUAUCAAUGAAGACAAUGGUUGGUUUGGUCGUGACAAAGAAACUACCAUCCAAACAGAUGAAUAUGGUAACACCAUUACCACCGAGACAAAAGAUGGUUGGUUUCACGAUGAAACAACAGUUACAGAAACAGAUCGUUAUGGCAAUACAGAAGUGAUUGACGAAGACUCCAGCUGGUUUUAAUAGCUUGUUUUUUUUCUUUCUAGUAUAUAUAGUACCUUCGUAUUUAAACAAACAGAAGCGCUUGUUUUUUGAAUAAAAAAUACCAGAAAAAAACUAAGGAGUGAAACAGAGUUCUACCAGUUGCGUUGGUCUUUCAUUGAUGUGGUCUGAUUGGUAUACAAAGAUGC